UCCAGCCCCUCCCUGAGUCCCCACCCCCAAUCCAGGGGCGCCUAAGGAGAGGGUGUUCUUGAAGGGGUUCUGGCCCUGGCAGGCCGGGCACCCGGGUGGACUGUCCCUGCCUCCUCCCGGCCUCCGGUUGUGCUUCCCACCUGACACCAUGGGCACGGUCCUGUCCCUGUCCCCCAGCUACCGGAAGGCUACGCUCUUUGAGGAUGGCUCGGCCACCGUGGGCCAUUACACCGCUGUGCAAAACAGCAAAAACGCCAAGGACAAGAGCUUGAAAAGACACUCCAUCAUCUCCGUCCUGCCCUGGAAGAGGAUCGUGGCCGUAUCAGCCAAGAAGAAAAACUCCAAGAAGGUCCAGCCCAACAGCAGUUACCAGAACAACAUCACCCACCUGAACAAUGAGAACCUGAAGAAGUCGCUCUCCUGUGCCAACCUGUCCACGUUUGCGCAGCCCCAGCCCACCCAGCCUCCGGCCCCCAGUGCCAACCAGCUGUCUGGUUCCCAGACCGCUGUGUCCUCUGUCAAGAAGGCCCCCCACCCCAACUCCACGGCUCCCGGGACACCCAAGCGGGUCAUCGUCCAGGCCUCCACCAGCGAACUCCUGCGGUGCUUGGGGGAGUUCCUGUGCCGGAGAUGCUAUCGCCUGAAGCACCUGUCCCCCACGGACCCCGUGCUCUGGUUGCGAAGCGUUGACCGUUCGCUGCUCCUUCAAGGCUGGCAGGACCAGGGCUUCAUCACGCCGGCCAACGUGGUCUUCCUGUACAUGCUCUGCAGGGACGUCAUUUCCUCCGAGGUGGCCACAGACCACGAGCUUCAGGCCGUCCUGCUGACCUGUCUGUACCUCUCCUACUCCUACAUGGGCAAUGAGAUCUCCUACCCGCUCAAGCCCUUCCUGGUGGAGAGCUGUAAGGAGGCAUUUUGGGACCGCUGCCUCUCCAUUAUCAAUCUCAUGAGCCCCAAGAUGCUCCAGAUUAAUGCUGACCCCCACUACUUCACUCAGGUGUUUGCCGACCUGAAGAACGAGUGCAGUCAGGAGGACAAGAAUCGGCUCCUUAUUGGGCUCGACCGGUGAAUUCCACUCAUGCGUUUGCUGCUUACGGGAACAGUACAUUUUUUAAUUUAUUAUUAAACACAAAGUUUUGUGAACAUAUGUGUCUAGCAGAGCCACCGAAGGGCCUCCCUGUUCUUGGCCUCCCCUGCCCCUGGUUUAGUCCAGCCCUGGUCCUUAACAUCUGACUGCUCUGGGGAGCCAGUUUUCGUUCUUGGAACCUUUGGCAAAGUGUAGGUGGUGAUUUCCAAGUUGUUUUCUGGCCACUGAAUCCUUGCUCUCCAUAACUUUGAAGGACUGGCUACUCUGGCCCCUCAUUACACCCCCUUCGUCCCCCCCCCCCUUUGCUUGGUCCUGGGAAUGGGGUGAGGUGAGGAGGUGUUGAACUUUGAGAUGGAGAAGCUUUGGCUUAUCCCACAGAGACCCCUCGUCCUAGAAAAUGGAUCUUCCUCUUCCUGGCUGAAGUCCCCUUACUCAGCUCUAGCCCUCUCCCCUCCCCCAAUCCCAGAGAGGGGAAGGAAUUCAUUUCCCCAAGUGGCAGCUGUGUCAUGAAUGAGUGGGGGCUCCUCCCAAGGAUCCCAGCCUGGGCCUAGCUAACACACUGAGCUGGAACCUCUCGGUCCCUGGCUGCCCACAUCACUCUGAUUAGCAGGAAAUGGCUGAUGGAAGAAAAUCAAUCUUGAAAAUUUUUUAACCCUGUGUUAUUAUUCUGGGGUCUUUUAGGGGAAACUUCUCAGAAUGGGAAAAGGGAAGGCCUGUCAUUUAGAAUUCCCCUCUCCCUGGCCUGCUUCUUAUUUAUCCCAGAUCCUAGGUGUUCAUUCCUGGCUAGUGAAACUGGCCAGGUUCAUUGGACUGUCUGGAUUAUGGUAGUGGCUUUGUCAGUCCCAGUGAAAGGAGGUGGGACUGUGCUUAGGGAUACCUGCUUUUUUUUUUUUUGGUGACUCAUUUAUCUGAAUGAUGCCACUUAGUCACCUGGUGUGUGCCACCUGUGGAUGGGGUGCACUGCCAUAGCUACCUGCCAGCAGCCUGGCUCUCUGGUGGGAAGGCUCACUGGACCCUUGAGUUGGUGCUUAGCUCAGGACUGGAGCCACUGGCCGGUCCACAGGGCACAGGGCCUACAGAGCUCAAGCAUCUGGUUCAGUUGAUCUGGGCCGGCCCCGGUGUCAAGGUGCGCCCCCCGCCCCUGCCAAUGGCAAGUUGUUUCCAAACAGCUUGUGCAGAGCCCCCACAGGCCCCAGGGUGGGAGUUGGAGCUCACAGACAAUUCUGAAAUCUGGACUCAACGCCCCAAUUGCUCCUGGAGCCAGUUCUGUUGACAUUGUGUCAUCUAAAACCACUGGCCCUCACCUUUUCCAGUGGCUUCCACGGACACCACGUUGGUGACAUUUUGGAUGCUCGGCUCUUUCGGCUACCUUUAGUGGCUCAGGACUUUAGGGACGACAGAGGAGGGAGCAGGUCUGUUUCAGUAACCCUUCGCCCUGGUCGUGGGGAACAAAGAUGGCUAAGGCUACAAAAGAUUCUUCUCUUUGGCCUGACAACCCAGGGGAAGGUUCGCCCUCUUGGUGCUGGUAUUUUUACACAAUGGGAGAUAAAGGGUCAUUUUGCUUAGGGUUAGGUAGAACACUAAUUGGAUGACUGCUGGAGUCAUCAGCGAGCACUCCUGGAAUGAAAAGUCAAACUGUAUUUUUUUUUUAACAAAAAAAAAAAAAAGAAAAAGAAAAAAAGGAAGAGAAAGCUGUGAAAUUGAGGCCUUUGGAGCAGGCAGCCAACUCUAGUGAACCUGUGGUGCCCAGAGGGAUGUGGGUGAAGGUGCCCGCACUGCACAGGUAAGGAAGGGGAGCGUCUGCCCAGCCUCACUAGUGAGGCCUAAACUGAGCCAUUAAUGUGGACUGUAAGAUAGUCUUUGGACAUGGAACUGGAAAAGGGAGCCCCUGCAAAGUGACCAGCGUGAUGUCUGGCUGGACAGCUGGAGUCUCCCUUGAUUGACUUUUCUUGUGGCUUGUUCCCUUUCUGCUCCCACGUCAUAUGAUGGGCUGUGCCCCUGGUCUUGGUGGGACCUGGUUCCCCCCCCCUCCAAUGUGGCACAAAAGAAGGAGGGAGCUUUUGGUGCCAAGUAACUGAAGGAAGAACAAGGGUGACCUGUUCUUGAUCCCAAAUCAGACCAGCUGAGCCUGGACUGAAACUCUCUGGUUGAGCUCCUUUGAUUGGAUUCCAGUCUGGGGUCUGUUUCCUUCUCUUUCCCUCUAUUUAUUUAUUUUUUUCCCUAGGGGAGGAGGAGAUGGAAGUACCAGUUUCAAGAGAUAGUUGGGGCCUAAAAGAAAAGAAAUCAACCCUGUAGUUAAAUCAUUGUAAAGUAUAUUGUUCCCUGCCCCUCUCCUUCCCUGCACCAAUCACCAGUGUUGUGUAAAGGACCAACUGAUAUACUUGAGUGUGCAAGCAAUGAACACAACUGACAUGCUGCUAUGAAGAAUACUUUUAGAACAAAAAGAAAAAAAAAGAAAAAAAUGAAACUAACCAACAAAAAAAAAAGAACACACCACCACCAACAAAACAACCCCUUUCUUCUUUGUUGCUUUUACAGUGAUCUUGUGCAUGCAAACAGGCGCAUUUUGUGUCUUCAGAAAAUAAUCUUAGAACAGAUGGUUGUGAACAUUUACACCCAUGCACAAACCAAGUCAGAGGAAUCUUUCUCAGUAUCUGGUUUCUCUCCUUCCCCCCCACCCCACCUUCUUCCCAUAAGCCCUGGGGGGAAUCAAUGGAUUUCUUACCAUGCAGUUUUUAGGGUUUAGUUUGGUUCCAGCAAUUGUUAAACUUGCAAUGAAAAAAGUGUGCCAUUUCCCCCCUUCUUCCCUUUCCCCCCCACUUGAAAUGAUCCACAGCUGUAUAUUUGAACUGCUAAUGACCCAUGUGCGUGCGGUGUAUGUUGGGUUUUUUUUUUUAGUGCAAUUUCUUCUGUAGAUCUCCUUUGACCAAAUUGUGGAUGUUGUUAAUAUUAAUUUAUAUUUGUCUCAUUUUGUAUGUAUGUGUAGUGUGUUUGUAAGUAUGUGUGGUUUAUAAUCUGACAAAGUCAUGAAGCUCAGUCUGGCUGUAAUUUAAUUCCCUCCCCUUAUUUUUAUUUAUUUUUGUACCGUGCUGAUUAAAUAAAAUGCACUGACCAUCCA